GCCAUCCCGCGCUUUGUGGGCUGGAAGGCCCGGGCCAGGACGCGCGUCCGGCGUAGCCAAGGUCCCCCAGCGCCCCCUACAGCUGCACGUGGGGGGAGACAGAGCCAGAUCCUGCGCCUCCACACCACGCCCAGGACCCCACCCAGAGGCCUGCGCCCCAGGACCGCUCAAGCACCCGCACCUCCAGGCCUCAGAAACCGGGAGUGGGGCCCGGAGGGCGCGCGGCAUCCCAGGCCGCCCUAGAUCGCCCCGCCUGUGGCUGGCCAACUCCCUCUCCCUCCUUCUGUGUGGCUGUCCCUCCUUCCCUCUCGCCUGCCUGCGCCGGACACGCUGUGCUUCAUCUCUUGGGGCGCUCUUCGCCUGGGCCAACCGUCGCAUCCAGUGCAACUUCGGUGAAGUGGCCGUUUGGUGUUGAAUGUUCCCCACCGAGAGCGCAUGGCUGCGGAAGCGAGGCGCGGACCCGGUCCCCGAGGGGCCGCCGUCGGGGAAGCGGUGAUGCUAUUGCUGUGCCUGGGGGUCCGGACCGGCCACCCCUACAACGUAGACACUGAGAGCGCCCUGCUUUACCAGGGGCCCUCCGGCACGCUGUUCGGUUACUCAGUGGUGCUGCACAGUCACGGGGCGAACCGCUGGCUCGUCGUGGGGGCGCCCACUGCCAACUGGCUUGCCAAUUCUUCUGUGGUCAAACCCGGGGCGAUUUACAGAUGCAAGAUCGGAAAGAAUCCAAACCGGACUUGCGAACAGCUCCAGCUGGGUAGCCCUCAUGGAGAACCUUGUGGAAGGACUUGUUUGGAAGAGAGAGAUAAUCAGUGGUUGGGUGUCACACUUUCCAGACAACCAGGAGAGAAUGGGUCCAUUGUGGCUUGUGGGCAUAGAUGGAAAAAUGUAUUUUACAUCAGGAAUGAAAAUAAGCUCCCUACUGGUAUUUGCUAUGGAAUGCCUUCUAAUUUACGAACAGAACUGAGUAAGAGAAUGGCUCCAUGUUACCAAGAUUAUGUGAGAAAAUUUGGAGAAAAUUUUGCAUCAUGUCAAGCUGGAAUAUCUAGUUUUUAUACAGAGGAUUUAAUUGUGAUGGGAGCCCCAGGAUCAUCUUAUUGGACUGGCUCUCUUUUUAUCUACAAUAUAACUACAAAUAAAUACAAGGCAUUUUUAGACAAAGGCAAUCAAGUAAAAUUUGGAAGUUAUUUAGGAUACUCAGUUGGAGCUGGUCACUUUCGGAGUCAGCAUACUACUGAGGUAGUUGGAGGAGCCCCUCAACAUGAGCAGAUUGGUAAAGCAUAUAUAUUCAGCAUUGAUGAAAAAGAGCUAAACAUCUUAUAUGAAAUGAAAGGUAAAAAGCUUGGCUCAUACUUUGGAGCAUCUGUCUGUGCUGUGGACCUCAAUGCAGAUGGCUUUUCAGACCUCCUCGUGGGAGCUCCCAUGCACAGUGCCAUCAGGGAGGAAGGAAGGGUGUUCGUGUACCUCAACUCUGGUUCGGGAGCAAUAAUGAAUGAAAUGGAAACAGUGCUCAUUGGAAGUGACAAAUAUGCUGCAAGAUUUGGAGAAUCCAUAGUUAAUCUUGGCGACAUUGAUAAUGAUGGCUUUGAAGAUGUUGCUAUUGGGGCUCCCCAAGAAGAUGACUUGCGAGGUGCUAUUUACAUUUACAAUGGCCGAGUAGAUGGGAUCUCAGCAAGCUUCUCACAGAGGAUUGAAGGACUUCAAAUCAGUAAAUCAUUAAGUAUGUUUGGACAGUCUAUAUCAGGACAAAUUGAUGCAGAUAAUAAUGGAUACAUGGAUGUGGCAGUUGGUGCUUUUAGGUCUGAUUCUGCUGUGUUGCUAAGGACAAGACCUGUUGUGAUUGUCGAAGCAUCUUUAAGCCACCCUGAGUCAGUAAACAGAACGAGAUUUGACUGUGUUGAAAAUGGAUUGCCCUCUGUGUGCAUGGAUCUAACACUUUGUUUCUCAUAUAAGGGCAAAGAAGUUUCAGGUUACAUUGUUUUGUUUUAUAACAUGAGUUUGGAUGUGAACAGAAAGGCAGAGACUCCAUCCAGAUUUUACUUCUCUACUAAUGGAACUUCUGACGUGAUCACAGGAAGCAUUCAAGUAUCGAGCAAAAGAGCUAAUUGCAGGACACAUCAAGCAUUUAUGCGGAAAGAUGUGCGGGACAUCCUCACCCCCAUUCAAAUCCAAGCUGCUUAUCACCUUGGGCAUCACGUGAUAAGUAAGCGUAGCACAGAGGAAUUCCCACCACUUCAGCCAAUCCUUCAGCAGAAGAAAGAAAAGGACAUGAUUAAAAAGACGAUAAACUUUGCAAGGUUUUGUGCCCAUGAAAAUUGUUCUGCUGACUUACGGGUUUCGGGAAAAAUUGGAUUUUUGAAGCCAUAUGAAAAUAAAACCUACCUUGCUGUGGGGGGCAUGAAAACGUUAAUGUUGAAUGUGUCGUUGUUUAAUGCUGGAGAUGACGCAUUUGAGACCACUCUGCAUGUCAAGCUACCCACAGGUCUUUAUUUCAUUAAGAUUUUAGAACUGGAAGAAAAGCAAAUAAACUGUGAAGUAACAGAUAAUUCUGGCAUAGUGAAACUUGAUUGCAGCGUUGGUUACAUAUAUGUAGAUCAUCUCUCACAGAUAGAUAUUAGCUUUCUCCUGGAUGUGAGCUCACUCAACAGAGCAGAAGAGGAUCUCAGCAUCACAGUGCAUGCCUCCUGUGAAAAUGAAGACGUGGACAGGCUAGAGGAUAACAAAGUGACUUUAGCAAUACCUCUGAGAUAUGAGGUUAUGCUAACUACUCAUGGGUUUGUGAACCCAACUUCAUUUGUGUAUGGAUCAAGUGAGGAAAAUGAGCCUGAAGCAUGUAUGACAGAGAAAAUGAACUUCACUUUCCACGUUAUCAACACUGGCAUUAGCAUGGCUCCAAAUGCGAGUGUGGAAAUAAUGGUACCAAAUUCUUUUACUCCUCAAACUGAUAAACUGUUCAACAUUUUGGAUGUCCAGACAACUAUCGGACAAUGCCAUUUUAAAAAUUAUGAAAGACAGUGUGUAUCAGAGCUGCAAAAGGGUACACUGGAGACCUUGAGGGGCAUAUUCAAAUUCUUGUCGAAGACUGAAAAGAGGCUGUUGUACUGCAUGAAAGCUGAUCCACACUGUUUAAAUUUCUUAUGCCAUUUUGGAAAAAUGGAAAGUGGAAAAGAAGCCAGUGUUCACAUCCAGUUGGAAGGCCGGCCAUCCAUUUUGGAAAUGGAUGCAACGUCAGCCCUCAAAUUUGAAAUAAGAGCAACAGCCUUUACAGAACCACAUCCAAGAGUUAUUGAGCUAAACAAGGAUGAGAAUGUUGCACAUGUUCUACUAGAAGGAGUACAUCAUCAAAUACCCAAACGUCAUUUCACAAUAGUGAUUAUUUCAACUAGUUUGCUACUUGGACUUAUUGUACUUUUAUUGAUUUCAUAUGUUAUGUGGAAGGCUGGCUUCUUUAAAAGACAAUACAAAUCUAUCCUACAAGAAGAAAACAGAAGAGAUAGUUGGAGUUAUGUCAACAGUAAAAGCAAUGAUGAUGCUGGUGACUUUGGAAUAUAAUUUCAUCUGGAUCUCUUUAUGUGUAUAAGAAACCUGUGGCCAACUUUUGAACAUCUGUUCUAGGAAGCAAUCAAGUAGAUAAAUAAGAAAACAGUCUUUACU